AUGGAUAUAAAAAACACAAUAUGCAAGCGUUUUAAUUUCUCUCUUAUAUUAAUUGUGGUGAUCAUAUGCAUAUUUGGAUUUAAACAUAAUGCUAUAGUAUAUAAGAAUGAAUAUAUUAGUAACAGACUUUUAAAUAGUGAUAUAGGGGAAAAUAUUCCCCCUAGUCCCUCAGUUAAUAUUCAAAAUAUAACACAAGAAAAUAAAAAUUUAGAUAUAACAAAUUCCCAUCAUGAAUUGGAUGACAAAAUGAAGUCAAUGGGAAAUGAUUCCGAAAAAUAUGAAAAUAAUGGCAAAAAUGAUAUGCAUAUUAAUAAUGAUAAUAAAUCUAACACACUAGAAUCGUUAGAUGAAACAAAAGGAAAUAAAGAAAUAAACAUGAGUGUUAGUAGCGAUAGUAUUGGAAAUGCUGAAGAAAAGAGUGACAAAAAUAAAAAUGCAAAUGAAUUUACAGGAUCAACAUUAGAUUUGUAUUUUACUGAGUAUAACAAUAUAUAUACAAAUGUUAAGGUUGGAAAUCAAUUAUUAAAACUUUCUUUGAAUAGUCGAUUAGAAGGAAUAUAUGUUUUUAUGGAUGAUUCAAUUUCAUGUUAUAAAAAAGAUGAAAAUAAUAAGAGAAAAUGUUAUGACCCUAAUCUUUCAGAAACUGCAUUAUGGUGUAGCAAUAAUAUGAUAUGCUUACCUGCUAUAUUAUCAAUGCCUUAUGAAUGUUAUGCCGAUAAAAAUUUAAACAUAAAUAAUAAAGUUGAAUAUCCAAACAUAUACUAUGAUGCAUUAAAAUAUAGCACAAGUCAUAUCGAAGGGUUUGAUACAGUUGAACUUAUGGAUUUAAAAGAUAUAAAUAAGAAAGUAGAAGAGAAAAAUGAUAAUGGUGAAGUGAAGACAAAAAAUUUAAAUAAAUUUGAAACUGCUGAUAUUAAGCUUAUAGUAGAUUUAUCUAUUUAUAAUAACUGGAAUUUAUUUAAAGACACAGAUGGUAUUAUGGGACUUGCAGGUAAUGAAUUAAGUUGUAGAAAUAAGAGUGUUUGGAAUGAAAUAGUUGAAAAAAAUAAUUCAUUGUUUGGUAUUGAUAUAAAUUUACCUGAAAAUGCAACAAAAAAAUAUAUUACCAAUUCAUCAGAAAAGAAUGGAAGAAAUAUAAACUUUUAUAAUGCAAUGGUUGAAAAUAAAAAAAAAAAUAAGAAUGGGAAUAAUACAGGAUUUGUAACAAAUAUCCAAGAAUCUGUGAUUAAAUUAUUUUCAUCAAAAACUGGGACUACAGAAGGGAAUCAAAAUAAUGGUAAUUCGAAUAUGUUAAACGGAGAAAUAUUACCCUCAGAAAUACAUAUAGGUGAUUAUAAAAAAGAAUAUGAACCUAUUUUAUGGUCUGAGCCAAGAGAAAGAGGUGGAAUAUUUUCAGAUUCUUUUAUGCAAUUUACAAUAUAUAAUUUAGAAGUAUGUAAUAAUAAUAUAUUUGGAAAAAAUAGUAGUAAUUGGCAAGGUGCUAUUGAUUUAAGUAGUAAGUGUUUAGUUCUUCCUAAAAUGUUUUGGCUAAGUUUAAUGCAAUAUUUACCUGUUAAUAAAAAUGAUGAAAGAUGUAUACCAAGCAAUAAAGAAAUUGAAUUUAAUGAGGAUACCAUACCUAGAAUGUGUUCCAUUGAUGAUAAGUAUAGACCAUUACCUGUUUUGAAAUUUUCAUUUUCAGAUAAUGAUAUAGUAUCGAAUAAUAAUAUAAAUAAUAGUGAUAAUGAGGAUGAAGAAAAUAUAAAAAAAAUUCAUAUUCCUUUAGAUAAUUUAAUAAUUAAAGAAGAUGGUCCAAAUAAUAAUUAUUUAUGUAUAAUCCCUGAUGUAAGGGAAGGUACAUCAAAUAGAAAUAGUGGGAGAACAACAAAACCAUUAAUAAAAUUUGGAACCUAUGUAUUAAAUAAUUUUUAUGUUGUAGUAGAUCAAGAAAAUUAUAGAGUUGGGCUUUCAAAUAAAAAAAGUUUUUAUCAUUCAAAUGAUAAAUGUACACAGAAAGUAGAAUGUAUAGGUGAUCAAAUAUAUGAGCCUGCAUUAAAUAUUUGUAUUGAUCCAGAUUGUUCUAUAUGGUAUUUUUAUACAUUAAACCAUGAUACCAAAACAUGUGAAUCAGUUUCAUCAAGAUUUUAUAUUUUUAUAAUAAUACUGUUUAUUUUGUUAAUAUUGGAUAUACAGUCUUAUUAUUUAUAUAGAAGAUCUGUUCGUACUGCGAAAAUAUCUUCUCGUUAG